AUGUCAUCCCACAGAUCCAUAGGCGGUCUAUCUGCUGCCAUGGGAGGAAUACUGCGUUUAUCUGCCACGGAAGUCCUCGAUCCCGAACUGGGCUAUCCAAUUAAACCGUAUAAUGUUUCUAAAAAGCAGUAUCGGGGUCUUUGUCUUGUGAUCAAUCAACGCAAUUUCGAAAGAUCCACCGGCCAAUCCCAACGAGACGGUACGGAUGUGGAUGCGGAUCGGGUACAUCGUGUGUUUCGCGCGCUUGGAUAUUGUGUUUCUUGUUAUCUGAACGUUAAUCGGGAGCGUUUUGGACAACUGUUAAAAGAAAUGGCCACCACGGAUCAUUCCCAUUUCGACAGUUUUGUUUGCGUUAUACUCAGUCACGGAGCGAACGGUGUGAUCUUUGCUACGGACGGACCGAUUCCCGUAGAAACAAUUGUCGGACAUUUCCGUGGUGGCGAUGUUGUUGUCACAAAACUUCCAGUGGAAGCGGAUAUUCUGGUCGCUCAUUCUACCGUCCCAGGUUAUUUUGCAUGGCGUAAUUCAACCAGUGGCAGCUGGUUCAUACAAGAAUUGUGUCGAGCGUUGGAAUCCGAUCUGGAGGCCAAGCAACCACACGAUAUCCUGCAAUUGUUAACCGUGGUGGCCAGAUGUGUCGCCUAUCAGUAUCGAUCGAACACGGGCGUGCCGGAUUCACACGAUAAGACUCAGAUGACCAGCGUUACGACAACCUUGACCCGUAUGGUCUAUCUGACCAAAAGACAAUGA